AUUAAUCCUAUAAGAGUCAUAUUUGCUUAAAACCAGCUAUUUUAGAAACAAUGACUUGCUACGUCACUUUUAACUGACGGAUCAGGGAUUUACUACAUAAUGACUUUAUGUCCUAAUAUUACUUUUGAAAUGACUUUCUUCAACACACUACACUGACUUUUUGCAAGAUAUUUACCAAGAUUAUUUUUUUGUUGACAUACUUUCAGAACUUUGUUCAACAUACAGUACAAUGCCAGGGCUUUUCUAAAUCACUUUUUCUGAAUACAAUACUGACUUUAGGCUACAACCUUUUUUAUAUACUAUAUUAUCACUUACUUAAAAAAAAAUCUGACUUAAGUUUUAAGGACUUUUCAACACACUGUAUGUGACCUUUUUGGACACACUGACUCCGGCUCUGGUUUGUAUCCUGACUUGAAGUAUUGAUAUGGAUCCCUGAGUACUUUCCCCCCGAUGUAUUAAGAAGUGUCUGUGCUUCUGUCCUAAAGGCAAUACCUGAUGAGGAAUCCGUGUCCCACGUUGCCCUUCCACCAUCAGAUACCACCGCACCACUCGGACUCUAUAGAGUUCUACCAGAGGCUGUCCACAGAAACUCUGUUUUUCAUCUUCUACUACCUGGAGGGCACCAAGGCUCAGUAUUUGUCUGCCAAGGCUCUGAAGAAACAGUCCUGGAGGUUUCAUACCAAGUACAUGAUGUGGUUCCAGAGGCACGAGGAGCCAAAGACUAUAACUGAUGAAUUUGAACAGGGCACUUACAUUUACUUUGACUAUGAGAAAUGGGGCCAGAGGAAGAAGGAGGGGUUCACCUUUGAGUACAGGUACCUCGAAGACAGAGACCUGCAGUGACGGACGGAGUGACACAAAAGGACAGAGAGAGACAAAAGUGCUGCUGUUGACAUUCCGAGACUGAACUUCAAACUGUGGAUAGAGAUUGUGAUGUGUAGUAGAAACCGUCUCCGAAAAUGGAGGCUGGUGUCUGUAUAGGCUGCAUCUCAACGUGAAGGACUCGCUCCUCCUGCGGCGCCUUGCGUUUGACAAAAAUGCCCUGUGGGCCCGAUCAGAGGCAUCGCGCUGCUCGGGUUCUCACGAGAGAUCUUCGUCUGUGCCUGUCUGUGUGCACACUCCUUAUGUGGCAUUAGGAAAGCCUACCCCAUGCAUGUUUUAUUUUACGUUUCAACAAGAUUCUCUAUACCACCUACCCAACAUGAGCCUGGAAGCCUUCGACUGGACACAAAACAAACCUUGGAUUUGAUUAAAUAAACUGGCCAUCUUGUAUUUACUGUAAUUUGGUGGAAUGGGGAGGUACAGUGGACAUUUUAGUCAUGGUGUGUAGGACUGGCUUCUUUUAAGACCCUACAAUGCCUGUUGAAUAUGGUCACGAUUAGAGAUAGUGAGCGGUUAUCAAUAGUUUAUUGAUAUUGUCUUGGUCGAUUAAAACGCUUGAGAGUGACCACAGGGCCUCUCCCUGUGACCGGGAAAGAGUCCUUAUUGGACAUUAAAUUGCUAUGCAAUUGAACUGGUCUCUGACUCCCUCUUUAUAAAUAAAAUGUUUUUAAGUUAACCUGUCAAAUGCAUUAUUUUGGCGCAUUAAUGUUUGUGACAAAUUAAUAAACUUGUAAAUUAAAUCUUGAAUAGGGUUUGAGACAUUUUAUAUAUGUGACGUUUGAUUUGUACACCAUUAAGUAAUUAUCACUCGAUGCAAAAUGCCACGGUAACAGUAGUGAAUGUACCUGUGCCCAAAUCACCUUUUACUUACUCAAAUACACCAAUAGCAUUAGAAAAUAAAUCUGAGAUUGGUUCAAGGCAACUUCCCACCUUAAAAUAAAUGGUUGACGUUACUUCAUCCUAAAAAUCCACCGUUUAAUUUACCACCUAUACAGUGAAUGUGCACUGAAACAGUUUACAUGGAGCGAGCCUAACAUUCUGAUGGUAGAUUUAACUUGUAAGAAAUGUCGACUUUGCCGUGGUUCAUGUGCUACACUGAAGAACAAUGAGGUUGACGAGUGUGGGACAGAUCGCACCUUUUCUUGGCAGUUUGAAUGGAGUGUUAAACUGAAUCAGAUUUUUCCAUUUAAGCCACCAUGAAAACUUGGGCUCUGUCCUGCAUUUCAAAUAUCAUGUGUGCGAUUAGUUUUCAGGCUUUUUGGGGGAGGGAGGGAGGGGAAGGGUUGGAUUGAGGAUGUGAUAAUACAAAUUUUAAAAAGGAAACUACAAAAAAGUCAUGAGAUUUGCCUUUUAUAGAAUCUAUUUUUGGGGCUUUUAAGGUAUUCAGAAAGGGACUGUCAGGAGAUUGCUAAAAUGUGAAUUUCAAGACGUAUUUACAAUUUUUUUUUCUGUUCUGCAUGGAAGAUGUCAUAAAACGGGGGUUUAAAGAGGAUUGUAAAAUUUCAAUAAAUACUUUUAAGAAAUUACAAGUCA